CAUGCCUGUCGCGAGGGGUUGAUGCGAGGAAAAGUGGAAAAUCCAGUGAUUGAUGCGAUUGUUAAACGGCAAGUUAGCUAUGUUUCGGUCACCAUGCGUCAAGAAUUAGAGCAAAACGUACAAACAUCGCAGGACUUCAAUUUGCAGCCUGCAUUUUGCUCCAGUGUGUGAGUUAUAAGGCGGCCCUGGGGGGGUUAGUCAGUGAUACCGUUCAAUCUUCGCUAGCAAAUUUGGCUAGCCAUGCUAACACUAGCUGGUUAGCUUUGUUUACAUCGAGUACGCGCCGGGGGUUUGUUUGCUAAUUACUAGCCAAACUACGUUGUGGUCGCAUCGGCGGCUCCGUUGUCCCAUUUGACGUCGACGGGGAGACAGCGUUGGCAGUAAACGGCCUCUAUGGAUAUCACCAACCAUCUCUUGUGCAAAACGCUUGCCUGAUGUAGUAAGCUAACGUUAGCUACACAAUGCUAACCUUUUGAUCAUGGGUCGUUUGACGACUUGGCUGGACGUUAGCCUUUAGGCUGCGUUGGGGAUGUGCGUUAUUGCAAAACAGGGUCUAAUCAGCCCGGCAUACGAGAAACCUGGAUUGUGAUCCGACAGAGCUCCUCGGUAUAAACCGGCAACGCGAACGUUAGCUAGCCACCUGCCGAGCUAGCCGAUGUUGUGCGCGUUAAUGGAUAACCGCCUCACCACGUUCGGUGUCUCUUAUUGUGGGUAUUAUUAAUUCGUAGUUGAUUUCUGCAUCGUCACGCUGGAGUGAGUGAUUGUUGCACCGCCGGGGCAGUUUCUGUUUCCUCAAUUUUUAACACCCAUCGCCGCGAGCGGCAGGAUUGUGUUUCCCGGAGGCUGCGGAGUGCACCGCUAUGAACCCCGUUAAUGCAACCGCUCUGUACGUGUCCGCCAGCCGGGCCGUGCUGCAGUGCGACCCACGACAGCCUCACACCUUCGCAGAUAUGUACACGCUACUGCCCUUCUUCCGACAGUCCCUCGCAUGUCUUGUUUGUGGUAAACUGCUUGAGGAUCCCAUUUCCCCAACACACCCAGAGUGUCAGCAUUACGUCUGCUUGGGCUGCAAAGGCCAGAAGAUGCAGAUCAGGCCGUCGUGCAGCCGCUGUAAGGACUAUUCCUGCUUCCAGGAAAACAAGCAGCUCUCUUUACUGGUGAAGGGCUACAGGAAGCUCUGUCUCUAUGUGACUCACUCGCCGUUGCUGCAGUCAAUCAGCAGCCACGUAGGAGGGUCGCCAGAAGUCAUGGCCUUGUUGGAGGAGGUGCUGAUGUCACACGCAGAGGAGACGGAGGACCCGAGCUUUGUACAGGAAGAUGUGAAACCCGGUCCUGAAUCUCUUACCCCGACAGAAGCACCGCCUGCUCCUGCGGAGCUCUCGGCUGUGCCCCAGAGCUCCUCGUCUGAUCCUCCGUGUUCCAAUGGACCCCGGGAAUGCAAUGGAGAAUUGCUAGAGGACCUAGAUCCUUCCUCUCCUGAGCUGGAAGUGUGUGAUCCGGUAGAAGAGCAGCCACAGGCAGGCCUGUCUGUAUCCAGUACUGCUUGUAGUGGUUUGGAACUGAAUUUGACCACCGGACCUUUAGCCCCAACACCAGGCACCGUAUGCUCACUCAGGGACGGGGAUUCUAGUAGCAGGGAGCUGGAGGAGGGAGAGGUGUUGCUCCUCAGCGUGGAGGAGGUGUUACAGACAUUGGAUCCCCUCCAGCCUGGUCGAGACUCUCUUCACACACAGUCGGAAAGGACGCACACUCACACACACAUAUCCACGGACAGAGCGCACACUCAAAUGUACAUACAGCUGGACGCAGCUCACAACUACACACAGAUCCAAACGGGCAGGACUAACUCAGCGGCAGGCCACGGUGCUCACACAAACACAUCCUCCUUCGACCCCCCUCCGACGUCCAAGCCCCCGCCUGUCCGCGUCAAUCGUAAGCGGUCUCGUUCGGAGAGCGACAGGGAAAAGGUGAAACCUCUCCCCAUCGCCUCCAUCCUGCAGGGCUCCUCCUCAAAUUCACAUACUCCAAACCCCGCCCACACGCAACACACGCAGCCGCUUGCACCAUCCCUGACAGUACCAGCCCACACAUACUCGUCUCUUCCGAACGGGGCACCUCCUAAGCCCAGCCGCCCAGCGCCGAACCACAACAAAGGUGCGAGGAAGCACGUGGACCCUAGCGCUAAGAAGCCCCACGCCAAGGCCCGCAGCGGCGGAGGAUCCAAGAACAAGGACAGAAGCAAAGACCAGCGGUUGAUGUCGGGCUGCCUGGUGCCCCCGAUGCCCGUCAGGACUCCAUAUAAGAAGCCGGUGGAGAAGAAGGGUUGUAAAUGUGGCAGGGCUACCCAGAACCCGUCUGUGUUAACCUGCAGAGGGCAGCGCUGUCCCUGUUACUCAAACCGCAAGGCGUGCUUGGACUGCAUCUGUCGAGGCUGCCAGAACUCCUACAUGGCCAACGGCGAGAAGAAGCUCGAGGCCUUCGCCGUGCCGGAGAAAGCCUUGGAGCAGACGCGGCUCACGCUCGGCAUCAACCUCACGAGCAUCACGGCGGCGGCGGCGCUCCGCAACCCGGCGACCACCAGCAUCCGCGCCAACACCCUCCUCAACGUCGCCACGGCGACCGGGACCCCCGUGACCACGGCGUACCUGUCCCCCAGCCCCCCGCAGGAGCCCAACUACGAGGAGAGCCUGGAGCUGCUGAUCGGAUGAGGGGCCGGGACUCGUAGAAACGGACAGCUCGGUGCCGAUUGAAUGUGACGGCCGAUCGUUUUGUGUCUGUCAGACAACCUGCACUUCCCCUCUUUUCGGGGAGGCAUCUAAGGCAGCUAUGGGUCUGUCCUGUCCUGUAACCUGCUCUUCUUCUGUGUUGGAAAAAUGCUGAGUAGUAAGACUAGCAUGGGUGUGCCAAAGCCUCCUGUAUUGUGCCUGUGUGCCGGUGUGUAUUGUUGCCUGUCUGUAGUUAAACACUUAUACUCGGUUCCAAGGCUGUUCUGUAAUCCAGAGGUGCUUUUUUUUUUUUUUUUUUUUUUCCACAGACAUACUGUAAGAGGCAAUAGAAACCCAGAACAGGUUUUGUGCGUUCGUUUAGAGAUUCAUGUUUAUGUAUGUGUGACUUUUUUUUUUUUUUUUUUUUGUCUUUUAAUACAUUGGGUGCAUAACGACAUAAGUGCAUCGUCAUAUCGAGGUUACUGCAGUUUGUGUGUAUAAGAAAUGCAUAACUGGUAUCAGGACAGCCCUUAACUUACUAAUCCUUAAAACUGUAUGUGUUCACUUCUUAAUCGUGAAUGACUCUUGUGACUAAUCUAUGGAGAUCGCUUGUCUCACACUAGACUGUAUGCCUUUUCUAGCUCAUUAAUUCACUCGAUCCAAGUACUGUUAAUGAAUUUGUCUUAAUGAACUUGACUGAUGCAGGCAUUGUACAGGCAGCGACAUAAUGUCAAAGCACUUGGCUGGCUCCACGGUUUGUGUGUGUGUGUGUGUGUACGAGUGUGUGUGUGUGUGUGUGUGUACGAGUGUGUAUGAGUAUGUGCCUGCUGAGAUUUACUGUAGUGUCAGCAGGGAGGUGGAUGGUGGGUUGUAAGCACUUAGUCUGAUUGAUUGGCCAAAUUACAACUGAAACCGUUCUUGGUUACCAUAGCAAUAGGAGCCUCUCCGCUCGCUCGCGUGCGCACACAGUUGUUUACAGUAUUUAUCCGUUUCUAGACCACACCUGACCGUCUUCAAAAAAAAAAACACGCCGCGACGUUUCGAUCACAGGAUUGUACUUGACUCUGUGUGUGUCUGUGUGUAGAUAAACUGAAGCCAUAGUUUGUCAUUAACGGGACAAAAACAAAAAAAAAAUGUCCUCUUGUGUGUGCAUUAUUUGCCUCGCCCCCUUUCCACGCCCCUCCCUCCCUUCCCUCCCUCCCCCACCACAGCUGUAGUGUCCCGAUCAGAGACCAACCCAGAAACUAUUUUUGAUACCAAGCGCUUUGAGAUUUGGUACCGCCGCCCUUUUUCGUUUCGGUUCAAUCGGAGUGAAGCCCUCCUAUAACCCGAGAGGCUGCGUGUCGUCAGUGUUUUGUGUUUACCGUCUUCAGCUGUAACUACAGAUGCGUUUGUCGGUCCUGUCGUGGUGACCAAAAAAAGAGACUGAAAAGGAGACAGAGAGUGGGUGGACUCAGGCUGACCAAACAAAACACCUAUGGUUCUCCACUCAUAGAUCAGGAAGGAGCAGAUGGAUUACAAAUCUGAUCUAUCUUCCUGCGUGCGUGUUUCAAAAUGUAUUUCUUUUGGGCAUUACUUGAACCCCGAUUAGUUUUUGGUAUCGUUUUUUUUUUUUUUUCUUUCUUUUUUAAUGUAAAAACUCUUGUUUGAGGAGUGACUAUUAUUGCUGAAACAUUCACUGCCAUAUUAUGGAAACAUGUAAUACAACAUGAAUUAAAUGAUAGUUUUUUACUUUUUCA